AUGACAGCUGAAGAGCAGACAAUCUCUAGUAGUGGAGGAUAUGUCCAAAGCUCAUCAGCAACUGAUCAUGUCGAUCAUCGUCAUGACCAUGAACCCUUUAUUUCUCCUCUUGCUAAGAAGAAGAGAAACCUCCCUGGAAACCCUGAUCCAGAAGCUGAGGUCAUAGCUCUAUCUCCAAAGACACUUAUGGCCACAAACCGUUUCCUCUGCGAGGUAUGUGGAAAAGGCUUUCAAAGAGACCAGAAUCUACAGCUUCACCGUCGAGGACACAACCUCCCAUGGAAGCUAAAGCAGAGGACAAGCAAAGAAGUAAAGAAACGAGUGUAUGUGUGUCCGGAGAAGAGUUGCGUCCAUCACAAUCCAACAAGAGCACUCGGAGACCUUACCGGAAUCAAGAAACACUUUUGUCGCAAACAUGGCGAGAAGAAGUGGAAGUGUGGUAAAUGCUCCAAGAGAUAUGCAGUCCAAUCAGAUUGGAAGGCUCAUUCAAAGACUUGUGAGACUAGAGAGUAUAGAUGUGACUGUGGCACAGUUUUCUCCAGGAGAGACAGCUUCAUAACACAUAGAGCGUUUUGUGACGCUUUGGCAGAAGAAACCGCUAGGUUAAACGCAGCUUCUCAUCUCAAAAGCCUUACUAGUAAUAAUCUAAAUUACCAUUAUCUAAUGGGCACACUCAUCCCAUCACCACAACCACCAUCAUCGCUCCCAUUUGGAGCACCGCAACAUCACCACCAUCAUUUCCCCAUCACAACCACCACCUUCGAUCAGCAUCAUCAUCAUCAUCAAGACGCAAUGAAACCUACUUCUUCACUCUCCCUAUGGAUGGGAGGAAAUAUCAAUCAUCAUCAAGCGACCAACGAGGACUGUACGCAGCCGCAGUCACCGCAGGAGGAUUAUAAUUGGGUUUUUGGAAACGCAAAUAAUAGCGGCGAGUUAAGCGAUUCACUCAUCACACAUGAAAAUAUCAAUAACUUUGCACAUAAUGAAAACGCAAACGCGGUUACUUCUCUUUCCGUGCCAUCUCUUUUUAGCAACGUCGACCAGAUCAGGCAAGACGCUAACGCAGCGGUUGCAAAUAUGUCGGCAACUGCGUUACUUCAAAAAGCGGCUCAAAUGGGCGCGACUUCUUCUAGUCCGACGAUUACUAACGACCAGUCAGCGUUUCUUCAGAGUUUCACGUCGAAAAUCUCGUACAAGAGUGAGAUUAUAGAUGAUGGUGGCAGUGACAAGUUCUUCGCUUUGUUUGGAUCGAACAGUGUCGGUUUAAUGAGUAACCCUAGAAAUAGUGUUACGGUCGUUUCGGGAAUUAAUGAAUUACAAAAUUAUCCUUUGAAGCGUAGAAGAGUUGAGAAUGGGGAUGCAUUAGGAGGAGGGCAAACUCGAGAUUUCCUUGGAGUUGGUGUACAGACAAUAUGUCGUUCAUCUUCUAUCAGCGGAUGGAUUUAAAAGUUGUUAACACUUGUAAUGAAUUUUUCUACCUUAUUCAUAUAAGAACUUAUGAAAACUGUUUCUGACUUGGUUUUUUUUUUUUUGGACAAACUGUUUCUAACUUUGUUAGGGAGUGUUGGUGAAAGUAGAAAUUGUAAGAAAAUGGUAGG